AUGGCCUCUUCCUCAAAUGAAGCACAGUUGAAAAGCGAAAUCGCAAGACUUACGGCUUCCAUCAACAUGCAUAAAUCGGCAUCGACCCGACCAACAAGAACAAAUGCCUAUGUCAACCCCAACUACAAGCACACAAACAAGUAUAUCCGACCCUCGACCUCCACAGUCCCUUCAAAUACUUUGACGCAGCCACCAGCAUCGACAACUGAAGUCAAAGAAGUAGUUAUAAACGGCAUCGCUUUCCAAUCUUCUGGCCGCUCUUUAGUACGCAAAGACCUCCCUAAAGCAUCGUUCAGCAAACCCGUUACACCAAUGCCUUCAUCAACGCCAGCACCAACCCAGUAUGCCCGCAAAUCUGGCCAUCUUCGCGCCGGUAACCGUCUGUAUAAACCUAAAUCCUCUCGCGGCCGUCGGGGUGGCAACAUGACUCUUACGAACGGUCGAAGACCUUAUCAGGGGAGACGAGCAAACAAACGUAUGAAAUACUCCGACAAGCAAUGCCCUCGGUUCUCGACAACAGGUACUUGCUCGCACGGCCUUACUUGCAUAUAUCAGCACGACCCCUCAAAGAUCGCCAUUUGCUGGAACUUUUUGCAAGAGAAUUGUCCCAAUACUGCUGAUACCUGCAAUCUUUCCCACGAUCCUACACCAGAACGUACCCCUCUGUGCCUCCACUUUCUCAACAAAGGUCGUUGUACUCGUCCAAACUGUCUUUUUCCGCAUGUAAACGUGGGCGCUCGUCAUGGUGUAUGCCGCGACUUCGCUGUUCUUGGAUACUGCGGUAAGGGACUAGAUUGUGAUAAGCAACAUGUCAGGGAGUGUCCAGAUUUCGCAGAGAAGGGCGGCUGCUCGACUAAGGGAUGCAAGCUUCCGCAUGUGAUUCGCGCAAAUCGCAACAGGAAGCCUCCUUCCUCUUUUGUUUCUUCUGAUGGAUCUUCUUCCUCUACUGUCGUCUCUGGGUUGGUUGAUCUGGCUGACUCUCAAGGUGAAUCUCGAAUGCAACAUGUAGCAGCUAACGAUGCCCAGUUGGGUGAUGAGUAUAUUUCACUAACCUUCAAUGAGAGUGAAAGUGAGGAGGAGAGUGAUAGUGAAGAGGAAGAAAAUGUUGAAGAGGGAGUUGAGGAAGGAGAUGACCCUGAUGAUGUAUCUGAUAUGCUGCCCGUCGUAGGAUAA